AGACGUUGAAGAGCAUGACAAGUGUUGUUUUAAAGACGUUAAACUUUUCUUUGGCGUAAAGAUGAAAAUUCCUGUCUUUAUCGCCAUUCUAUUAGGUUGGAUACAUUUGACUCAGAGUGGCUGUCAGACACAUUGCUAUUUGCGUGUAUCUAAAAGUGCCAGGGUUUCUUUUCAACCAGACAAUGUUGACCCAAGUUUAUGUGACUACCUGAUUAUUGGCUACAGUAUUAUCUUGCCUUAUGGGAGUCCGAGACUUGAUAUUCACCCGCAGAUUAAUAAGUACAUGCAAAGAAUACCAUUCUACAAGGGAAGGAAUGCCAAUUUUAAAGUUCUGUUGGAAGUUACAGAUAUGGAUGACAUUCGUAUCACAGAAUUUUUCAAAUAUUUAACUUCCGAUUCUUUAAUAAAUAAAUUUGCAACCAAUGCCAAGCAAUUUUUACUUGAGAAAGGAUUCGAUGGUUUAAGCAUAAGACUGUUAGACAACUUUGGUUUGACAGAUUACAGGUUUACUUUUAGUUCCUUUAUACAUGUUAUGUCGUCAAACUUUCAGAAUGGAUCAAAAAGACUGUUUUUGUAUGUAUCUUUGUCAGGAACAGAGUAUCUUUUUAAAAAAGAAAUAGAUUUUGAUUUUGGUGGAGUUUGUCGGGCAGUGGACAAGCUCGUUUUGGAGACACAAUUUUUUAGACCACCUGCUAGAACACAUGAUCAUCCAAGUCGAUUAUAUGGCGAUCCUGAUAAAACAAAUAUUUCAGUUAAUUUCGUGACCAAUUUAGCGAUUUCAAGGGGAUGCCCUAAAGAGAAACUACUAUUUACAGUUUCUCCACUUAGCAGGUGUUUCCAACAAGCUUCUACUUCUCCAGAUUCAAUAUAUCUUUAUGUGUACGCAACACGUUUCUCAGAAUUCUGUCCAUUCUUAGCUAAGGGAAUUCAAGUACAAAGACUUAGUGACGGCGGUCCUUAUGUAACUGGAAGAGUACUUGAAAAUCAUCCUAUGCCAUUUUACGGAGAUUUUAUAUAUUACUAUGAAGAUGAUGUCAGUCUUAAAGCAAAGGUUGACUAUGUGAAGCAAAAAGGUCUUGGGGGCAUCAUGCUUUGGGAUAUAUGGAACGAUGAUUUUAAUGCAACUUGUAGACGUGGACCCUAUCCAAUCUUACGUGCUAUCCGCAGUGAAUGCUGGUAAAAUACUGUUGAUUUGCUAGAAAUUCGCUACAAAAUGUUGAUGGAAUAAAAAUUCUAAAAAGGCGAACCUGAUUCAAAGCUAUAAGAAAUUGAACUUCAAAAUUAUAAAUUGUUUUCGCAUUUAUUUCUACCAAUAUUUUUAGUUCACCAUGUGUUUUCAUCGACAAACUUUUCACACUAUUUCUAAUAUCGGUCAAUCAAAUGUUGGCUUCAGAUAAAAUACAAAUAUUGA